UGAGUUUAUCCUGAAGUUAAAAGGAUAGUAUUGACAACUUUUUUGCUGAACAUUGCUCUUUUUUUUUUUUUUAAGCUAUUACUACUCAGUGCAUUGACCCUGAAAGAAUGUCAACUCAAUCAGACAAGCUUAGAAAAUCUAAGGUUGCUAAAUACAUUCCUGAGAAAUCAAGUAAUAAAAAUGUAGAGAACUGUCACUACCCGGGUUUCAAGGUAAAACAGCUUUCAGAACUGCCGAGACACUUAGACGCUGCAGAUCUGUGGGACUUGGUUAUAAAAGCUCAAAAUUUCAAAAAAGCUGUCUUUAAAGUUUGGAGAAAGUUGUUUCUCUCAGAAGCGUCUAUUGCUGUUUUCCAGGAUUCUUUUUGGUGGUGGUUUCUUCAGCAAUUUAAGACUAAUCAGGAAGAUCAAGACCACUUAUUUGACAGAAUUGCAGACAGUUUUGUGGGACUUUUCCUGUGCGUUCCCAGGAAUACAAAAGAUGCAUUUUUUCAGGUGUACCCUGAUUGUUUGUCACAAGUCAUUUAUGUUGCUUUCUGUGAAGCAUUUCCAGAAUCCACUACAUAUUUUGGUGAUGAGUUCAAAGAUGAACUAGUAGAUCUAAUCUUUCAGUGGGUAUCAGGUCUAAAACCACAGAAAUUUGUUUGGAAAAAAUGGAAUCUAGAUUGCCUGAAGAAGACCACAGUAAAUGGUAAUGAGAAAGAUACUAUUACCAGGUCAACAGUUAAAGAGUCUAUCAAAUCUAAACCAGUCGUUCAAGGUUUGAGAUUUCAACUGGGAUUUUGUUGGGAAGAUCUAAUUGAAGGCAGAAAAAGCAUGUUUGCUUCAUCAACUGAAGAAAUAAAGGAAGACAGAAAACAUGCAGUAGCUGUGCCAAAAGAGUCAGAAACCAUAACAAAGUCCUGUUAUUUUGGACCAGGUCCACAUUUUCGUCGUGUUCUCUUCAGACUCGGUGGUCAAAGUCCUCUGAUAUCGUAUUAUCUUAAGAUGCAUGAAAUCACUAACGUAUCAAAUUCUUUGACAUAUAAGAUGAAGCGCACUGAAAUUUACAAACUACCAUAUCCUUUUGAGCUGUAAUCUGAGCUUUGCUUAUAAACUGUUCUUCUAAACAUUUAACUAAAAUAGUCUUAUCCAGCCAAAGAAAAUCUCACCCAUCCAUCUUGUUUUUCUUUUUCCAUUACGAUUAGGAUAGUUGGACAGUUUUCUGUUCUCUAGACUGAGACAGACCACAGUAAUGUAGAAUAUCUCAGCAAGGGGUUAGACCAAAACAGAAAAGUUUUGCUAUACAGAAUAAAGAUGUUACCCUGUAACAUAUGAUUUAGAAUGACUAAGUGAAGCUGAGCCUUAUCUUAGUAAAAUUGCUUUUAUCUCCUAAAUGUGCAUAUCGGCAAAGUCUGAACCAGAAAUAAAGAUCCAAAAUUUAGUGAAACUUAUGUUUAUAGUUGCCUUCAAGCUUCACAGAUUUGGUUGGUUGGUUUGUUUGUUUGUUUGCUUGUUUUAAACCUGAAUUAGUCCACCAGCUCUAAUCCCCUCCACAUUUUAAGGAAGUUCAGAUUCAGAUGUGAACCUUAGGAGAGUGCAUCUAUUGUGGGCUAACUACAGUUAUACGCUUAGCUUUUGUUUUCACAUUUAAAUUAAUAGAAAAUGAGGUUGUUUCUUGUUCUCUCUCGUAUGUUGUUUCCAGUUAGGUUU